AUGGGGCGCCAGCGCUUCUGCGAGGACCCCUUGGGGCGCUUCCGCAUCUGGGAUGGAAAUGGGCCGUCACCGCCCCUGGUAGGGUCUCCUCUACCCCUUAGGGGGCUUCAGGGGACGCCGCCGCCCCCUUCUGGGCCUUCAUGCCCAGAAAGGACCCCUGGGGGCGUCUCUGUUGAUGGCAGGUCCUCUCAGGGCGCCGCCGCCCGAGUGAGGCCCCCCCCCCCCCUUGGGCGCCCUCGCCCCUGCAAGGGACUCUGGGGCACCACAGACCCUAGCAUGGUCCAUAUGGUCGCAGUUGCCCCUGGGAGGGCCUCUGCCAGCCCUGGGAGGGCCCCUGGGGGUGCCAUCGUCCCUCGAAGGGCCACUGGGAAUGCCAACGUCCCUGGGUGGGCCCCAGAGGACGCCGCUAUCGCUGUGAGAGCCCCUAGGGAUACCUCCGCAUCAGGGAGGGCCUCUGUGGGCCCCUUGGCCCCUCGGAGUGACUCUAGUGGUAUCACUGACUUUGCCAGGGCCCCUGAGAUCGCAGUUGACCCUCAGAGGGCCCCUUAG